CGUGGCCCCACUGCGCGAAGUGUUCGGGGACAGGGCCACGCCCUGCGCUAGAAGCAGCUGCACCGAAGCCAGUCUGCCUCAAAUCUGGCUGAAGCCACCGAUCGCCGAACGAGAGCUACACAUCCUAUUCAUCAUACUGAACACUCGGCACGUCUGAGCGCACUGACUCUGUACCGGUGCAAUGGAAUCGACUUGUAUUUGGUUGAUGACAGUAUCUUUCUUGUCGUCGUUAGUUGGAGGCGCCGCGAUGAGCAUCACAUCCAUGAGUCAGGACUCAUCCGACAGCUAUGAAGCUGCAAACUCGACAAACCAAGCCUUGGCACCAGCCUCCUGGAAGACAAUCAACGGUGGGGUUGCUAGUGUGGGCUGCUCUUGCACAGUGUCUAUGUACGAGCACUACCUGUCGUCUGGGUACGGGUGCCAGGGUUCCAACACUGGCACCGUCAUUUCGUACAGCACUGUUGGCGCAUGGAUCAACGUCAUGCCUGGGAUAUCGUCUCUUGUCCUCAGCGGCUCCUGCACGAUGAUCACUAACGCGAACCUAGAUUACACGUACACGCCAGGCGCUUAUUGCCACCCUUUGCCGACUGGGAACGAUAACAUCGGAUCCGUACUCCUGAGUUGCGCUGGCACUCCGUCUCCGACGCCCUACCCGACGCCCUACCCGACGGCCUUUCCGACGCCCUUCCCGACGCCAAGCCCGACGCCCAGCCCGACGCCUUAUCCGACGCCCUACCCGACGGCCUUUCCGACGCCCUUCCCGACGCCAAGCCCGACGCCCAGCCCGACGCCUUAUCCGACGCCCUACCCGACGGCGUAUCCAACGCCGUUCCCGACGCCCAGCCCGACGCCCAGUGCGGGCGGAGUCGGCGGAAGCGUUGCUGCUACAGGCGAUCCCCAUCUGCAAAAUGUUCUUGGCCAGCGGUUCGACUUGAUGAAGCCGGGCAAGCAUGUCCUGAUAAGCAUCCCCCGUGGAAGGCAUAAGAACGCAUUGCUGCGUGUGGAGGCUGAUGCGCGUCAAGUGGGUGGACAAUGCGCAGACAUGUAUUUCCAAGAGUUGAAUGUCACAGGGGAGUGGGUGCAGGCGACAGGGUCUAGCGGUCUCAAUUUCAAAGCUCAGGGAGUGCAUGAUGAGCAGCCGAAGUGGCUAAAGUUUGGGAAGGUGCAGGUUAAAGUUGCCCAUGGGCGCACUCUGAACGGAGACUGGUAUCUGAACUUUUACGUCAAGCAUCUUGGAUAUUCUGGCUAUGCUGUCGGAGGAUUACUAGGAGAAGAUGACCACACUGAGGCAGCGAUGCCCUCGGAGGCUUGCGUUCACUACGCGUCCCUGUUUAAGGUGCUGCCCGAUUCGUCUCAAAGCGCACCCGUCUUUUCAGUUGCCGAGGCGAGUUUCGCUUGAUGACCCGUGCGUGGGACGAGGUCCCAGCGUAAUUUCUAAUAUACGGCCAGUGCCGCCGUCCCUGGAAGAAGACCCCCAUGAUGAAGGUGACAGCCAGAGUUGUUCGGGAAGUCUGGGACCAGACGCCCCGAAGAGUUCCCC